AUGAACAUAUUUGAUAGCAACAACAUCUCUCCGGAGUUCCUAAAAAGCGGACUGGUCGAAGUCCAAGGAGAGGAUGGCGCUUUCUACUACGCGUACAUUCACGACGUUGAAUCGACGCCGUCGCCCAACCUACAAUUGUCAAUUGCCGGUGAUCCGGGCACUACUUCCGAAAAACCAAGUGCAGCCAAUGGCCAGGCGAAUGGCGAAUCCUCGAUGAUUACGGUUACAUUUCAGAACAACAACUUUCCCAAAAGUACAGUUCCCAUUCAGCGAAUUCGUCUUCCUCCCGCAAGCACCGGGGGCGGUGGCAGCAAAAACGGAGUUCAAAAUCAAGAGGAAGCGCUCAAAAAUCUUCAAGCCGGCGUUUCUGCAGUGCAAAUCUCGAAUAACUUACAAAAUGCGGCACCAAACUCUCAGCCAAACAACAUGGCAGCUAACAGCAAUGGUGGUAGCAUCGACGAGUCAAUUUUUUCCCCCGGCAUGGAGGUAGAGGUCCUUUCCUCUUGCACCAUCAAAGACCAGCCUCGUGGCUGGUGGCGUGCAAUUAUCAAGAUGAUGAAAGGCGGCUUUUGCGUUGUCGAGUACGUCUCGCAGGGGUCUAACACCGUCGACUCCACUUCCCCCGUCUCCUCUGGUCAGGUGGCCAGCAUUCAGACGCAUACCGAAAUUAUUCCACACGAUGAUAUUCGACAAAAAAACCCUAACCCCACGCUCACUGUGAGCCCGUUUUUUCGCAUCGAAAUUCCAGUUCCGGCAGAUUUUCGCUCCCUAAAUCGCGGCUGGAUGCACAAGGAGGAGGCUCACCGUAACUAUAAGCAAUCACUAGGCGCCAUUGUAGUUCGUUACGAUGAAGCCAAGGACGUUCUCAUAGUGAUUGGCUACGCGCAAAAUGCUAUCGAGAAGAGCUUCAUCGCCUCAAAGGUUGCCAGUCGCGCCACCAUGCUCUCUGAAAUGCAUUUCCGAAACUUGAGACAGAAGCUACUUCUUCUGAGUGAUGCCGAGGAGGCGGCCAAGCAGCUGUCAAAGACCUCCUCUCGAGUCACCAACACCAACAGUCACGGCCUCUACGAGACUCGCAUUUUGGUGCCUGAGCACCUGAUGGGCCUGGCUAUUGGCAGCCACGGCGCCAACAUUCAGAAUGCUCGCAAGAUCGAGGGCAUUGUGGCCAUUGAAAUUCUCAACUCCAAUCACGACUCGCCCAGCGCAUUCCUCGUUCGCAGUCAGACGAUCGAAGGGCUUCACAAGGCGCGCGCCCUUCUCGAGUUUGCCGACCGAAGCAUCGAUAUUCCGCGUUCGCUUGUCGGAAAGACCAUCGGCCGCAAUGGGCGCAUCAUCCAGGAGAUUGUCGACAAGUCGGGCGUGAUUCGAGUCAAAAUCGAAGGUGACCAGGAGAACGAGGCGCCCAGGGACAUAGUGCCUUUCGUCUUUGUCGGCACGUUGGAGUCGGUGCAGAAUGCUCAAAUUCUUCUUGAGUAUCACAUGCACCACUUGCAAGAGGUGGACAAGCUGCGGCAGGAGAAGACGGAGAUUGUCAACAAGCUUCGGCAGCAACAAUCAAUGACCAUCAGCUCGCAGCACAUGGGCAACGGCAGUGGCGAGUAUGGAAUGGGCUACAUGCAUGCCAUUCCACAGGGAAUGCGAGGCGGCGGCCGUGGCAUGGCGCCACGCGGACGAAUGCACGACAUUUCUCGCGGAAGAUCUGACCGUGGACGCGAUCAGGCUGAGCCUCGACGCGGCGGCGGUGGUGGCGGCGACUACAGAGACUCUCGUAGACCGGCCAACGGCCCUUCCCUUUCCAACGGACCACCUGAAUCUCACCGAGGACGCUCCAUCACAGGCCAAUUUUCUGGCGGUCGCAACAAUGGUGGUGGUGAUCGUGAUCGGGAGCCGAAAAGCAACAAUAACAGCAGCAGCGACCGAGAGCGCCCUGAACGGGGUGAACGUCCUGAGCGUGCGGAACGCCAGGAACGCGCCGAGCGUCCGGAACGCUCUAAUCGCGGUGAACGCCCGGACCGAGGCGAACGCCCAGAAAGAGCUGAGCGCCCGGAGCGAACUGAACGCCCCGAGCGAACUGAACGCCCGGAACGAACUGAGCGCCCGGAACGUCGAGAGGAUCAAAGUUCGGAAGGCCAUGAACAACAGCAGCAGGCACGCACUGAUCGCCCCGAGCGAACUUCUGAACGCGCUGAGCCGCGUGCCGAUCGAACCUCAGAGCGAACUGAACAACCUCAGCAGACGCAGCAGCAGCAGCCGCCCCAACAACGCACUGAGCGUACUUCCGAGCAGCGCGCUGACCGCCCUGGGCGUCGCAAUGACCGUAACCCUAGCAAGAAGUGA